AAAUGUACAGCAUUCGACUUGCUUCUGAGGCUCGACCACUAGGAAUAAUUGAUCAUGUGGAGUCUCUCCGGGGCCUCCUUCCUUCUCUACAUCCUCAUCCCUCUCCUCGGCCCCUCCAAUGGAGCAGACACCUGGACUCUUGACCACCCCCUCGCUGACGACGGGCAACCCUUGAUCUCUGUGCGCGGCAGCUUCGCGUUGGGCUUCUUUAGACCCAAUGGUUCUGACAGCCGCUAUAUCGGGAUAUGGUACCACAAGAUCUCAGUCCAAACGGUGGUGUGGGUCGCCAAUCGCCAGCGUCCUGUCACCGGCAGCCAUGGAAGCCUAUCGGUGGCGGCCAACGGAACGCUCAUCAUCACUGGCGAGAACUCGACCGUCGUCUGGUCCUCGCCGCCGCUCGCUCUUUCAGACCCGGUGGCGCAGCUCCUCGACGAUGGGAACUUUGUCGUCAGGGAGGCGGAUGCUAAUGCUAGUGAUCCGAACAGCUUUGCGUGGCAGAGCUUCGACUACCCGACCGACACGCUCCUGCCGGGCAUGAAGCUCGGGUGGAACCUGACGACCGGGUUCAACCGCCAGCUCACGUCGUGGACGAACGCCAGCGACCCGGCGCCGGGCGAGUACACCUUAGGCAGCGAUCUGCGCGGCGAUCCCCAGGUCUUUGAAUGGUCAGGGACGCGUCAGGUGUGGCGCGGUGGCCCAUGGAAUGGGGUGCGUUUCGCCGGCACCCCAUCGAUGGUGUCCUACAACAAGAUCUCGGCUCAGUUCUUCGUUGACGCCACCCAGGUCGUCUACGUCUUCCACACGAUCGACGCAUCGAUCGUCUCCAGGGUGGUCAUGAACCACUCCGGCAAAGUGGAGCGACUGCUGUGGGUCGACGACAGCAAGUUCUGGAACCCUAUCUGGUACGCCCCAAUGGACCCAUGCGACACCAUCUUCCCAUGCGGCCCCAACGCCGUCUGCGACACCAGCAGGCCGCUGCUGUGCGGCUGCCCGCAGGGGUUCCAGCCGAAGAAUCCGACCAACUGGGAAUUCAGGGACGGCUCCGACGGGUGCGUGAGGAAGUCGGAGGUAGACUGCCGGAACGGGACAGACGGGUUCGUCUUAGUGAGCGGAGCGAAGCUACCGGACACGUCGAGCUCGACGGUGGAAUGGGUCGGCACGACCCUGGACCAGUGCAGAGCUAAGUGUUUGAAGAAUUGCUCGUGCACGGCCUACGCUCAAGCCAACAUCAGCGGGAGCGGCAGCGGGUGCUUACUAUGGAGUACUAAUCUCACAGAUCUGAGGGUGUUCGGCAGUGGAGGACAGGAUCUCUAUGUCAGGGCGGCGGCCGCCGAUCUAGACUCCGAAUCAAGUCAUCACCGGAUCCAUUUAACCGUGAUCACUGUGAUCAUUGCUCUCUUCAUCUUAAUCCUAGCUUUGGUCGGUUGCUGUGUUUGGAGAAGGAAGAAAAGAAGCAGCAGACCAGGUAUGUCAGCCAUGGCCACCUCCUUCACAGACCGACAUAACGAUGAAGGAACAGAAGCGAAGGUCUUGGACCUCCCGUUGUUCGAUCUGGGAACGGUCGCGGACGCCACAGGCAGCUUUUCCAUAGAAAACAAGCUCGGCGAGGGGGGAUUUGGUCCCGUGUACAAGGGUAAGCUGGAGGACGAGCAAGAGAUAGCUGUGAAGAGGCUGUCCAAGACAUCGGUGCAGGGCAUCGAUGAGUUCAUGAACGAGGUGGUGUUGAUCGCCAAGCUACAGCACCGUAACCUUGUUCGCCUUCUUGGUUGCUGCAUUCAAGGAGAAGAAAGGAUGUUGAUCUACGAGUACAUGCCCAACGGAAGCUUGGACUCCUUCCUCUUUGAUAAAGCCAAGGGUUGGUUGCUGAACUGGCCAACGCGUUACAGCAUCAUAGUUGGGAUUUCUCGAGGUCUUCUGUACCUCCAUCAGGAUUCCAGAUUGAGGAUCAUCCACAGGGAUCUGAAAGCUAGCAACAUUCUUCUCGACAUGCACAUGAACCCUAAGAUAUCUGACUUCGGCAUGGCAAGGAUAUUUGGAGGGGACGAAUCGGAAGUAAACACCAAGAGAGUCGUCGGAACAUACGGAUACAUGUCUCCCGAAUACGCCAUGGAUGGAAUCUUCUCCGUGAAAUCUGAUGUGUUCAGUUUAGGCGUUUUGAUACUUGAGAUCAUCAGCGGCAAAAAGAACAGAGGAAUCUAUGACUCGUCACGCAGCCUCAAUCUUCUGGGAUACACGUGGAGCCUAUGGAGAGAAGGUAAAGGCAUCGACUUGGUCGACGAAGCCAUCGGCGACUCGUACCCCAAGGCGGAAGUCUUGAGGUGCAUGAAGGUCGGCCUUCUGUGCGUUCAGGAGCGACCGGAGGACCGACCGACGAUGUCGUCAGUGCUGUUCAUGUUGGGAAGCGACAGCGCGCUGCUGCCGCAGCCGAGGCAACCGGGCUUUGUUGCCAUGAGAGGGCCGCUCGAACCCGAUUCCUCGAGGAGCAAGCAGGACUCGUUGUCCAUCAACAACGUGUCGGUCACGAUGUUUGAAGGUCGAUGAUGAAUGCCCCAAAUAAACAUAACAACGAAAUGAAGUAGAAUCGAAUCCUGCAAGAGCGGUUAGACUAAUUGGUGCUUCUAAUUAAUGCCAUGACAACAUGAUAAUGAAACAAAUAUCUCAAUAUUCUCGACGAUGCAAAUAUUGGCAUUGAAAUGUUCUCAGUUAUCGAAGACUGCCUUUUGCACAUCCAUUUAACAUUUUGAGAUAUCACAAAUCUAUAUAUGCUAUAUUUUCUAAAUGCAGAGCAGCAGCUUUUCUACAGGAUUCACCUGAUCGUGCAAAGGCCUUGCUGUGGUUCUUGUUGGGGGAUAUGUUUCGCUCCAAAUCUUUCCUUCGAUUCUCCCUUACGUAGCCCUUCUUCUCUCAAGUUUUCAAUUGGAGUUUUUCGAUAGCUUAUCAUGCAGUAAAAACACCUAUAUGCUACAUUUGAUCAUAUGUAUCUGUAAAUCUAUAUUUAUUUAUCCAGAAUAUCUGUUUAGUCUUUUGAUACUUUUUGUCUGAAAUCCAUCUUUUUUCUUCC